AUGGUGCACAGUGUUCACAAUUCAUCAUUGAUGACCACAUUCAUUUUGGCAGGCUUCUCAGAAUAUCCACAGUUCCAAAUACCUCUCUUCCUCCUGUUCUUGACCAUUUACUCAGUGACUUUGAUGGGGAACCUGAGUAUAAUUGUGGUUAUACGGAUCAAUCCCAAACUUCAUACACCCAUGAAGUUUUUCCUCAGGCAUUUUUCAUUUUUGCAUAUAUGUUAUUCUAUUGUAUUUACACCCAAACUAUUGCAGAUCUUAGUUAUGGACGACAGAACCAUUUCUUUCAGAGGAUGCAUGACACAGUUUUUCUUCAUUUGUACAUUUGUGAUUACAGAGAUGUUCAUGUUGGCAGUGAUGGUCUAUGACAGGUUUGUGGCUGUUUGUAAUCCCCUGCUCUACACUGUUGUAAUGUCUCAUAAGUUCUGUACUGUACUAGUAGCUGGGACUUACAUGUUGGGUGGACUGUGUGCUGUGAUAUCCAUUUAUACUCUUUUACAACUAUCUUACUAUGAAUAUGGCAUCAUUAAUCACUUUGGGUGUGAGUACGCUGCUGUCAUAUCUGUAUCCUGCUCUGAUGCCUCCUUUAGCCAGAUGACAUGCUUAGUUAUUUCUAUAUUCAGUGAUUCUUCUAGUGUCCUGAUCACUUUAGCCUCAUAUGUGUUCAUAGUUGUCACUAUUAUUAAGAUGCCUUCCAAAGGAGGACUACAAAAAGCCUUCUCCACCUGCACUUCCCACCUGACUGCCAUCACAAUCUUUCAUGGGAGCAUACUUCUCCUAAAUUGUGUUCCCAACUCAAACAGCUCAUGGCUCUUUGACAAAGUGGUCACUGCUCUUUAUACAGUCAUGAUCCCGAUGUUGAACCCACUGAUCUACAGCCUUAAGAAUAAGGAUGUGAAAGAGACAGUGAGGAGACUUACGAGCUCCAAAUUGCACUCUCACUUGACAUAA